CACUGUUAGCUCGAAGCGUAGCUAGCCAGCCUCCUCUGAACUAGGAAAACUAUUCUAACAAAAUUUGGAUACUCGCCACUCACACUCCUACACCCGCUUUCUGAUUUCGACUCUAUUCGAUUCAAAUCGUAACCACUACCAAUCACCCUUUUCUUCUUCUUUUCGAUUUCUUGGAUUUCGUUCGUUUUCUGCAUUUAUAAAGGCGUCGUAUUCCUGCAAAACUGGCUAUGGACUACGAGCCCUUCGACAGCAGUGGAACUGAUGAUGACCUUCCACCAUCACAUCAGAAUAGAAUCCCUAGAGGAGGACGUGUUGCUGGAAAUGGAAGACCUCCUAUGGGUUCUGUCCCAUACUCUAGAAUGUAUGGUGACACCGAUAUGGAGACUCAAAUUCAUCAACUUGAGCAAGAAGCAUACAGUUCAGUUCUGAGAGCAUUUAAAGCUCAAGCUGAUGCCAUUACUUGGGAGAAGGAAAGUUUGAUAACAGAACUAAGAAAAGAGUUGAGAUUAUCGAAUGAGGAGCACCGAGAGCUUCUAGGCAGGGUCAAUGUGGAUGACACAAUAAUAAGAAUAAGGGAGUGGAGACAGGCAGGUGGUUUUCAACCGGGAGUGCAUAAUAUUGCUCAAUCUGUCCAUGAUCCAAUGCCUAGUCCAACUGUCUCUGCAUCUCAUAAGAGACAAAAAAUAAACCAGUCAGUACCUUCUCAAUCUUUUGGUGGACCAUCGCAAUCAUUUCAUCCACAAGCAGUGACUGCAUCCCACCAACCAUCUUCUUCAGCUGCUAAACGAGGACCGGUUUCAGGAUUCAAGGGCAAGAAGCAUAAACCCGGGUUACCUGGUGUAUCGACUAUGAAGUCCAUGCAAUACCCAUCAUCUGGCCCUGCUGGGAGGGGACAAGUUGCUAAUAGGGCAUCUACAGGGACUGUUCUUGUAGGUCAGCCUGCUGAAGGUGCAUCAUUUGAUCCAUUGCUUGGUAAGAGAGUUAGGACCCGAUGGCCUGAUGACAAUAACUUCUAUGAAGCCGUUAUAACUGACUACAACCCAGUUGAGGGAAGACAUGCACUAGUGUAUGAUAUUGGUACUGCAAAUGAGACCUGGGAAUGGGUUAAUCUUUCAGAGAUCUCCCCUGAGGAUAUAAAAUGGGAAGGUGAGGAUCCUGGAAUUUCUCAUCGAGGAGGUUAUGGUGGACCAGGUCUUGGGGUGAAUAGAAUUGUUCGUCGUGAUGGUGUUUCUGGUGCUGGAAGAGGUAGAGGUGUUUCAAAAGGUCAAUCCAGAAAAGAUUUUAUGCCAUCACAGAAUGGCAUUGGAAAGAAGGCACCAGAUGACAUACAAAUACGUCACACUGCAAGUUUAAUUAAGGAGGUGGAGAGAGUCUUUGGUACAAAUCAUCCUGAGCCAGUUGAGGUUGAAAAGGCAAAGAAAGUGUUGAAGGAGCAAGAACAAGCACUUAUUGAUGCAAUUGCAAGGCUUGCUGACAUUUCUGACGGUGAAAGUGAUGAGGGUGGCCGACAGUUCUCACAUGGACAUUCAAUGGGAGAAUGAUAGAGAAAAUGCUUUUGUUAGGAACCAGCAUAGCUUACUAGCUUUAUACUUGGGAAGAUGAGAUGGGUAGAGGAUGAGGAUACUUACAGGGGAAUAAGAUGGAUAGAGAUUAAUGGUUGAGAUGUUGAGGAGAGACUGCAUCUGAUUUCUAGGUCAAUUUUAUUGUAUAAUGCUAUUUUCUAAUUCUAUCAGUCUCAUCAGCCUCCACAUGGUAUAUGUGUGGGCUUUUGGCUACUGAUAGGUGUAACUGUAAGAUGGGAAUUAUUCAUGGUAGCUGACUGCUAAAUUCUUUGUUAGUGAUUUAAAAUAUCAGUUUAGAAAGGCUGGUGUUUGUGUAACAUUAUUAGUAAUUAAUCCGUUGUGAUCCAUGUAUAAAAUUUUGUUUUUAUUGCUUGUUUUA